AUGGCUGACCUCCUCAAGAGCCCGGAGAUGGAGAAGCAACCUCCCAAUUCUAAUUGCCGACGUCGAAAAUGGUCGUGGAUGACCAUCUUCUGGUCGGUAGCAGGCGUGGGGAUCCUGGGGCUAACAGGGUUCCGUGGUUUGCCUACCCCAGCACAGGGCUGGGCUUCAGACAACCACAUCCACGUCCACCAUGGGACUCAACUUCAGGUACAAGAUUCGCCCUAUGGAUCAUACCCACAAGAGAAUGAUCCAUUCCAUUUCCUCCCCUGUACCGCUGCCAGUCUUCCGCCGCCACUCGACGACCCAACCCCUCAGCAAUCAUGGGCCGCUCUUUUCGACCCAACCCCCAGUCAUUGGAGCUGGGGUAGCAAUGGCCAGGGAAUCUACCUUUGUGGAUACUUGGAUCUCCCGCUUGACUAUCACAACCAGUCGGAUACCCGUAUAGUCCGCCUUGCGGUGACUAAAUUCCAGGUCGCGGGCUUGCCUCUGAAGAACGAGACCGAUAACUCCCCAGACAGCUACAAGAGCAAGCGCACUCUCAUCAUCGAGCCCGGGGGCCCAGGCGGAAGCGGGACGUCUUACCUAUGGGAAACUGCGGAGGAAACGACCAACCGCCUCAGCGACGGGCAACUCGAUGUACUAGGCUGGGAUCCACGGGGUGUCAAUAUCUCGCUUCCCUCUGGGGCAUGCUUCCCUCAAGAUGCACACCGGGAUCGCUGGUCACUCCUCACACUUCGUUAUCGCGAAGAAGCUCCCUCGGCGCAACUAGAAAUGAUGGACGCCAUGAAUAACGCUACUUUCUUUGCCUGUCAACAGCGCCUGGGUGAUUUCGGUCGCUUCGUUAGCACGGCCUUUGUGGCUCGCGAUGUCGAUGAGAUCCGUAAGGCUCUUGGGGAAGAGGAAGUCACCGGGUACUUUGUCAGCUACGGGACGGGCAUCGGCCAGACAUAUGUUAAUAUGUUUCCCGAUCGUGCGGGCCGUUUGAUCCUCGAUGGGACGGAGUACGUCAGGGAUCACCGUCUGCAGGGUGGCUUUGGUUGGACCUCUCUCGACAAUGCGACGGAUGCAUGGCGCGAUGGGUUCCUGGGCGAGUGUAUCACUGCUGGACCGGAGGCAUGUGCACUCGCAAAACCCGUCUCUGACAAUGACGGCCCCGUCACAUUAGAACAGCUAGAAGGACGGAUGGCCCGACUACUCGCAUCUCUCCAAAUCCGCCCUCAAUCCGCAUACACAGAAGCAGGCGGUCCCUCCUUGAUCACUUACUCCGCGCUCGUGGAGAACGUGCUCUACCCAGUUAUGUACAAACCGGCAAAAUGGCCAAGUACCGCACAACUACUCUAUGAACUGGAAGCAGGCAAUGCAACCCUAGCAGCAACCCAGCUAGACCUCUCAUGGAGCGACCACUCCGAGAAACCCUCCCCACAUACCCCCUCAACCAGCGAACUCGAGAUGCUCGUAAUCUGCUCCGAUUCCUACGACGCACCCAUGCCCGACGGCCUCGAAUGGUGGGACCAGCUAUGGGCAAACAUGUCCGCACAAAGCUGGAUGGCAGGUAACUCGCGCUUUUUCGGAGUUCUGCCUUGUCGAUACUACAAUACCUACUGGGGCCGGCCGUCAGAGGUAUACCGUGGUGAUCUCAAUCACACGCUGAAUACUCCUUCUCUUUUGAUUGCCUCGACGUAUGACCCUGCGACGCCGCUGCGCAAUGGGAGACGGCUUUUGAAGGAGAUGGGUCGGAAUGCGCGGUUGAUUGUUCACCAUGCUUACGGGCAUAGUUCUAGACGGGACUUGUCGGAAUGUACGGAUCGUUUGUCGAAGGCUUAUAUUACGGAUGGUGUUUUGCCUGAGGAGCAGGAGACGGACUGCUAUGCUAAUAAGAAGCCUUACGACCGUAUCUCGGGCGAUGACAGUGAGUAG